CACCCACAGCAUCCAGGCAUGGGGACUUUGCAAUCUGCCUGAGGAGUUUCUGCUUUCUUGCCUGAAAUUUGGCGGUGGAAGGAAGUUUUUCGUUGAUUUGUUUACUUAAAAUAUUGAAAAGUUUCUUACGGAUGCCUGAAAUGGAUCCCAGUUUUAAAAAUAGGGGUGUGUGUCAGAUCUUUCUGAGACACGUCUGACCAUUUCCUGCUGGACCAACCCAUGGAACAUCCAGAGAAACUUGGCAGGAGAAAUGACAUCUGAUUUGCAACUCUCACGCUCUGAAAAAAAUCAUCAGACUGGUUGAAGAGGGAAAUUAAAAUAUUUAAGGACAAUGUCUUUCCUCCUCAGCAACUUAACCAAUGACUCUAACCUGUGGAAAGUAAGUCAUAAUUCUACGGACCUUGUGAAUUCGACAGCAACUCUGACCCUUUCUUUUUGCCUGAUCUGUUUAAUGACUCUCGCAGCUCUGGUGGGCAGCAUUUUCUCACUGUUUUCCCUGCUGACCAUGCAACACAGAACUGUUGUGUCCAUGCUUGUGGCUUCCUGGUCUGUGGAUGAUCUCUUGAGUGUCUUGUCAGUGGCCAUCUUCAUGUUUUUGCAGUGGCCCAAAGAGGCUUCCGGCUACUUUCAGUCUCUGUGCACCACCUCUGCCUUACUGUAUUUGUGCCAGGGCCUCUCCAGCAACUUGAAGGCGACUCUUAUAGUCUUCUACAACUUUUAUACGAUGCACAGGACAGUGGCAAGUCAGUCGGCCUCCUUGCGAUCAGGACAGGUGCUUGGUGUGGCUUUGACUGUGUGGGCAGUCAGCCUGCUGCUGGCCGCGCUCCCGCUGUGUGGCUGGGGCUUCUUCGUGCGCACGCCCUGGGGCUGCUUGACCGACUGCUCCAGUCCCUAUGUGCUGCUCCUCUUCGCGGUGUACGCUUCCGCCUUUGGGCUCCUGGCUGUUCUCUCUGUCCCUCUCACUCACCAGCUGCUGUGUUCCGAGGAGCCGCCAAGACUCCACGCCAACUACCAGGAAAUUUCCCGCGGCACCUCCACUCCUGGGACCCCUGCUGCUGGGGGAAGAGUGCUCUGUACGUCGCCAGAGGAUGUUGCUAUCCCUGCUCUGCGAUGCGCUGGGGGAUGCUCCCCGAGCUCCGACAUGGUGUUUGGCCCAGGUCAGUCUGCUGCCUCGGGCUCUGGAGCCAGCAGGCGAGAGAAUCCCGGGACUCCCCAUGGCACCAGCAGCUUCCCUGUGAGCCUGGCACAGAAGCGCUUUGCUUUGAUCCUAGCGCUGACAAAAGUCAUCCUUUGGCUGCCCAUGAUGAUCCACAUGGUGGUAAAACACGUGGUGGGGUUUCAGAGCCUUCCGGUCGAUAUGCUCAGCUUUCUACUAACCCUGCUGGCCAGCAUUGUAACCCCAGUGUUUGUCUUGUCCAAACGCUGGUCCUACUUGCCUUGUGGCUGCAUCAUCAACUGCCAGCCAGAUGCCUACUCCGUUGCAUUCGAUGGGAAAAAGUCAAAGAGGAAAGGCUUUGAAUUCAAUCUAUCAUUCCAACAAAGUUAUGGAAUCUAUAAAAUAUCACAUACAGAUUACUAUGAGGAUGAUGAAAAUUCCAUAUCCUAUCACAACCUGAAGAACUGUGAGUGUGAAGCUACAAAAGAGCCUGGGGGAGACAACCACAAUGUCCUCCAUGCCAUAACAGUAGAAAUCAGCACCACGCCACCGUUGGACAGCACCACACUGUCAGGCAUCAACAAGUACACCAACACUGAUACCCCCGAGGCCAAACAGGGUUUGAAUGGAGAAAAGAGUGCUUUUUCAGUUAAAACAGAAAGCGAUAUUAACUAUGGAGAAACCGCCACUUUUGAAGGUCCAGAAAGAAGACUGUCUCAUGAGGAGAAUCAGAAACCAGAUCUUUCAGACUGGGAGUGGUGCAGGAGUAAGUCAGAACGAACCCCUCGCCAGGUGUCCAACCAUUUCAACUUUGCCUGCCUCCUCCUCCUCACUGGUCAGCGUUCCAGUGGGCUGGCUAUUCCCUUAUGUGCAUUCCAGGGAACCGUGUCUCUCCAAGCACCUACCGGGAAAACUCUCUCUCUUUCUACUUAUGAGGUCAGUGCAGAAGGACAAAAGAUAACCCCUGCCUCUAAGAAAAUAGAAGUCUAUCGAUCAAAAAGUGUUGGCCAUGAACCAAACUCAGAGGAGUCUCCCUCUACAUUUGCAGACACCAGCGUGAAAAUACACUUGGAGGUUCUUGAAAUUUGUGACAAUGAUGAGGCUUUGGACACUGUGUCAAUUAUCAGCAACAUCAGCCAGUCCUCCACCAAAGUCAGGUCUCCUUCUUUGCGCUACUCAAGGAAGGAAAACAGAUUCGUCUCAUGCGAUUUAGGAGAAACUGCCUCAUACUCCCUCUUCUUACCCACAAGUGAUCCUGAUGGCGAUAUCAACAUCUCCAUCCCAGACACUGUGGAAGCACACAGACAGAACAGUAAGCGGCAGCGUCAGGACAGAGAAGGUUACCAGGAAGAGAUCCAGUUGUUAAACAAAGCCUACAGGAAAAGGGAAGCAGAAAGCGAGGGUAGUUAGGGAGUGCCGGGUCGAACAGGGCCAGAACAGCUCUGCAACCUUGGACUGCAAAACUUGCUCUAGUGCUAAGACUCAUUUCCCUCUUCCUUCUAAUCAUAGGCCUACAUAAGCUUUCCUGGUUAUUAUUUUUGGGGGUUGACUUGCCAUAAUGCAUACAUAAAGUGCAUUUCAUGUACUACUUAAAGAUCAUACACUGUGGUGAUUGAGCAACUUUGUGUCUGGUUUCUAAAACCUUUCUAAACCAAAUCUUGACCUAGUUUGCUAAUAUUUUGCCAUUUAUGAAAAGAACACACUGUUUUCAUGCAUGAGUUUCUGCACACAUGCUGCUUUUUACUGCAAGAGGGAAAAGAGAUGUUGUGGAAAUGGAAAAAAAAAUUGUACCAAAACUCUGAGUUGUAUUUGAAUACAUAUUUGCCUAGUCUAGCCAAACAAGCUUAUUUCAGUGACUGCUUUAGCCUUUCAGUGGUCUAGGAAGUUUGUUUUUGUGUAAUUAGCUUCUAACAUGGAAAUUUAGAAAUAUGUAUAGCCCUAGUCUACUGUUAUUUCAUUUGUUAUUAUAAAAUUCAAGUAGUUUAGUGAGUGGUUCUGUUUGUCUCUCUUGAAUAUAUCUUUCCCUUUUCAGUGUGUCAAGAUCACUCUUAAAUACUUGGUAUAUUGCAAGUGGCAUUAGAAGUAAUCUUUAACUCAAACCUCUCUGGAAAAAACUUGUUGUUAGAUUUCUCUCCCUCUAACAAAUACCUGGGAUAUGCUUUAUUUGGAUUCAUGUGAUGUAGAAUUUUAAUUGAAAAUGUGUUACAUUUGUUUAUACUGUGGAGCGUUUGUUUAAUGAUGCAAAGGUGUGUUGCAUUCUUUUAUGUUGCAUUUUUUAACUCUGUGAAGCUUUGUUACUUUGUCUCUCUAAAACACCCGGUUGGUCUAAUAAAGAGCUGAAUAGUCAAUAGCAAGGCAGGAGAAGGGAUAGGCAGGACUGGCAGGCAGAGUGUAUAAAUAGGAGAAAUCUGGAAAGAGAAGAUCAAGGAGCAAGAAAAGAAGGAGAAAGAGAGGAGGACUCCAGCUGCCAGCCACCCAGCUACACAGCAAGUCACAGAGUCAGAAGUAAAAAAAAGGCAGAUAGCCAGCCUGCUCCACAAAGCUAGUUCCAGGACAGUUAGGGCUCUUACACAGAGAAACCCUGUAUCAAAACAAAACAAAACAAACAAACAAAUGAAAAAAAGGCAUAUAGAAAGGUAAAAGCCCAAAGGCAAAAGAUAGACGGGAUAAUUUAAGUUAAGAAAAGUUGGCUAAAAACAAGCCAAGCUAAGGUCAGACAUUCAUAAGUAAUAGUAACUCUCCAUGUGUGAUUACUUAAGAGCUGGAUGGCAAGCCCCCCAAAGAGUAAAAAGAGUAAAAAACAAAACAAAACAAAAAACAACAAUCAUGAUCUGUCUACUCUGUUGCUUCUGUGGCUGUGGCAAGGUGGCACAUGGUGGAAUGAGUACAGGGCAGAACAAAACCUCUCAUCUUAUGUGAGCAAAUAAAAGAGACCACGGUGUUCCAUAACCCCUUCUAGAACAUGUGUCCAUGGCAUAAAGACAUCCCACUAGGCCCCACCUCCAUGUUCCCCUCUUCUAAAAGUACUUUCCUGGGGAACUAUGACUCUUGACAUUAACCUGCAGGGUCCAAAUUAUAACAAGCUAUAACCAUAUCACCAUCCAACAACUACUCUGUUUCUUUAAAUGGAGAUUGGGAGAUAAUCCUGUCACAUUAAGUCCUGAGAGGUACACCACACUAGGGUAACAAGUUUCUGGCUAAAGAAGAAAACCACUGAGUCUAACAAAAGAAUCUGCUCCUGUGCUGAAGAUUUCUAAGAUUUGCUUUGCAUUCUUGAAGCCUAAAAAAUUUACUUCAAAUAUUAUUUCUAGAAUUAAGAACCUUAAGAUUUCUUCCCUAAAGACAAUGUAUUAUCUCAAACAAUGAACCAAUUCAAUAUGUAUUUCAUUAAGUGAUUGCAAUGAAUACAUGACAAGAUUAAUUUUUUAAAUACUUUAUCAGAACACCAAUAAUGUAUAUUUCAAAAACUCUGUUCUUUUAAAAUUAUUUUAUUUUAAUUUUUCUAUAAACAUACCAAAUAUGUUGCCUAGAUAUUUAUUUACAAAAGUCAUUGUUGUUUCAUGUAUUCUUAGAUUGUGUAUACCUGUAUUGCAGGCAUAUAUGUUAUUCACAGAUUAAAUUAAUUAUAUUUAGAACAGUUCAUUUUGGUUUCUGCUUCAUUAUACUGAGUCAAAACUCUUAAAAUUAUUUCACAUGAGCUUUUACAUUGUUAUGUUCUCCAGAGAGUAUUUGUCAUCAAGAAAAGACACUUUGAAAAUGAGUACCUCAAAAUAAGUAAAUAAAUAAAUCAAUGAAUGCAUAAAUAAAU